UGAUGAGAACUAGAUGCCCCGCCCCAUUCAGUUAAAUUAUUAACCCCUCAUCAAAAAGGGAAGUUGGUUGAUAUUCUCCUUCAGAGCCGCUACCCAAACCACUGGAGGAGAAAAACAGUGUCUCUCAAAUAAUGGGGCCCUACAGCAUCUCUAUGAAGAGCUAUGACAUGAAUUUGCUGGGGGAAUUCAGUGACUACAAUGACAAUGACAACACCACAAGAUCCUAUGAUGACUACUUUUGUCCAGAAACAGUCUCAUCACUGGCUAGUGACCCCACACAUCCUUUCAAGAAGAUCUUUAUGCCCUUAGUCUACCUUCUGAUAUUCCUUCUGGGGACCUUGGGCAAUGCCCUAGUAUUGAUCAUCCUGGAGCGUUACAAGUGCGCCCGCACUACCACUGAGAACUUCCUCUUUCACCUAGCCCUGGCCAAUCUGGUGCUAUUGCUCACCUUGCCUUUUGGCGUGACCGAGAGCUUGACUGGCUGGAUCUUCGGCACUUUCCUCUGCAAAGUCCUCAGCGCUGUCCACAAGAUCAACUUCUACUGCAGCAGCAUGCUGCUGGGCUGCAUCAGUGUGGAUCGCUACCUGGCCAUAGUGUAUGCUAUCCACACCUACAGGAAGCGCAGAGUCAGGUCGAUCCACCUCACUUGCCUGGCCAUUUGGUUCGUCUCCCUGGUGCUGACCUUGCCCGAUCUAGUGCUCAUGGAGGUCUGGUCAGACAAGAGCAACCACAGUGUCUGCAAUUUCCAGCAAGUUGGGAUUCAUGGCAGCAACAUGUGGCUGGCAACCCGCUUCCUGUAUCACAUUGUGGGUUUUUUCAUGCCCCUGCUGGUCAUGUGCUACUGCUACACAGCCAUUGUGAGGACCCUGUGCCAGUCUCAGCGGCUGCAGAGGCAGAAGGCCGUGAGAGUGGCCAUCCUGGUCACAGGGGUGUUCCUACUCUGUUGGAGCCCUUACCACAUGGUCAUCUUUUUGGACACACUAGACAAGCUGGAAACCUUACCGAACGAUUGUGCCUUGGCGGACCAGCUGGGCACCAGCAUCAUGGUGACAGAGGUAAUUGGCUUCACACAUUGCUGUCUCAACCCCAUCCUCUAUGCCUUUGUUGGAGUCAAGUUCCGCAACGACUUCUUCCGGAUCCUCCGGGACCUGGGUUGCAUAAGCCAAGAGACCCUGCAGGAGAUCCUUGAUGUGACAAGGAAGAGCAGUGGGAUUGAGUCGGACACCAUCACUUCUGUCAGCACCUUCUAGUGGGGAAAGAACUGGGCACAGGGCUGAGAUAGACCUUGGCCAGCAAAGCAUGUAAUGCCCUUGGUGCAAGACUCAGCUCUGCCUCAGUAUCAUCCCUACCACUUCCCUCCUCUCCACAAGAGACUGAGGUCUAAAGGCCACCAUUAAAACAGCAAAUACUUGUCAACUGUUACCACACAGUUACUUCCUCUGCUAAAUAUAUGGAGAAAUGGUUUGUGUAGCCCUUGGUAAAUACUGACUUUACAUUGUAACCACUGCAAAGGGGCUGGCUGAGACCCUAGUUAGUUAGCUCUGAUACUGCAUUCUCCCCACUGGAGGAGCCCCAUGUGCAGAGCCAACCACAGAAUCGGGGCCUUAGAAAAUGACAAACAGGAAAUUCCAGAUGACACAGAGAUUUUUAUCAGAGAAAUGGAAGAGCAUGAUUUAGUCUGUGCAGCUCAUUGAGGUGCUCAGAAGAAAGUGAUACAGCCCAAUCAUUGCUUUUAAUUAGAAACAGUUCUAUGUUUAAUGAAAGUCAUGUAAAAUAUGAAGUUUAGAGUAUGUUGUGGUUACUUGGGCACAUAGCUGCAUGUUACACACCAUUCUGGUCAAUACAAAGGACUGGACACGGCUCUUCUGACUGCAUCACAGACUCUGGAAGUAGAAGAGGCCUGUAAGGCAGCCAGCCCAUCUCCUCCAGCCAAUAUGGGGUUGUCUCCUGUUAUGCCUUUCCUGGGGCUUUGGGACAGUUGGGUGCCUCAAUCCCAAAUGGGGGCAUUUCUGUGACUUACACUGGAAGACUCUUCCAUAGGCCCAAAGACUUUACUGUCAGGAAUUCCUUUCCUGCCCAUCAGCUGCGUACUUUCUCACUCACUUCCAAUCCAUUUUAUUUCUAUUAAUAAUUCCAGUUACUGACUUACUGGAACUAACUGAUUUCCUUUGAGGGUGAGUAUUCUCUGGGCAGCCCCUGUCCAGCCUUGUAACAACGCUGGCACAGACCCUCUCCUACUUUGAUUACUAGGUGGGAGGAGGAGGGAAAUACAGCUGAACGUGUUAUUGAUUUGCUUUUGGGGUCGGCUGCUGUAUCGCUUGGCUUUAAGAGCAAGAAUUCCUGUUAUGGCAGAGUAAAACAGAACAUGGAAGGGGAAGAGGAGGGGAGGGUGGGGUGGGGUGGGGUUGAGUGUUUUUUUUUUUUCCAGGGGGAGACAAGGGAAAGUUUUUGCUUUGCUUUGUCCUGUGCUUUCAGGCAUUUUAGCUCUAUCUGCAUUGAUGUUGUCUUUAAAAAUUUCACAUAUUAGAUUUUAGGGUAAAAAGGUCUGAACUUUGACUUCAUACCAGAGUUGUGGGUACCCCACAGCUCUCAGAAUCAGGCCUACUCUACACAGACAUGCACCAAACUCAUGACAGCAGCUUUAACCCACAGCUGGGGUUAUUUCAGUGUAAGGCUGUGUAGAGCAGCCAUAAGGGUCUCUGUUUAACUAUGUUGUUUUCCAUUAGCUGUUGUCACACCAACAGGGACAACGUGUAGGCAAUGCUGCUGCUUUCUUUAUAUUUUUCUUAACAGGAAAAGUGUUACUUUGGCUUGAAAUGUAUUAGUUAUAGUUCUGCCUAAAGAGCCACUGGCCACCACUCAUCUGAGGCACAACCUAACCACAAAUACAUCUGUAAAAAUCUGCUCCAAAAUUAACCUGACUUCCUAGGCAAAACAAACUAUUUCUGCUGAUCAGUAUAUAUUUCAGUGUUGUCAAACUGCCCAUGUGGCAGGGUGGAUGUUUGAGCUUUGUGCUAGGGUUACUAGUAGCAUUCACCCAAUAACAAAGAGACCAACUACAAUUCACUCACCCCUUUCCAGAAAAAUGAUCUGUCAGAAGUAGGGGAAUGAUCCUAUGUAAAGGAUCACCACUGGCUAAAUUCAUCCCAAAAUGGAGGAUUGGUGAAGCCUUUUACCAACUCUAACCCCAACAGGAAAAGUCCAAAGUUUAGAGAUUUUUUUUUUUAAAUUCCAAGGGAUGUAACGUUAACAAAAAUUAAAAAAAAAAAAAUCAAACAUUCCCUGUGGUGUUCACAGCACAGCCACUGAGGACCCCAGUGACACUGAUGAGGUGAUUCUUAUGGUCCAAGCAGGGAGAAAUGCCGAAAAAUUUGUUUAAACUGUGCUACUGUGGCAAAGUCCAGCUACAGUUUGUACAAUAUUUCAGUGUUCGUAACUCAAAGGGGAUAUUUUGAGAG